AGCGGAGCCUGAGCCAGCUCCGGGGGGCGGGUGCCGGAGAGCAGUGCAGCCCUAUCUGUCCGCAGAGCGGACUAACUGGAAGUCGGCGCUGCCGCCGGAGGCGGACGAUGAGGGCAGGUGCCGCCGGCUGCGCCAUGGACCGGCCGCGCCUGCUGCUGCUGCUGCUGCUGCUGCUCCUGGGGGUGUCCUUCGGAGGUGCCAAGGAGGCAUGCCUCACAGGCCUGUACACCCACAGUGGCGAGUGCUGCAAAGCCUGCAACCUAGGAGAGGGUGUGGCCCAGCUUUGUGGAGCCAACCAGACAGUGUGUGAGCCCUGCCUGGACAGCGUGACGUUCUCCGACGUGGUGAGCGCCACCGAGCCGUGCAAGCAGUGCACCGAGUGCGUGGGCCUGCAGAGCAUGUCGGCGCCCUGCGUGGAGGCGGACGACGCCGUGUGCCGCUGUGCUUACGGCUACUACCAGAACGAGACGACGGGCCGCUGCGAGGCGUGCCGCGUGUGCGAGGCGGGCUCCGGCCUGGUGUACUCGUGCCAGGACAAGCAGAACACCGUGUGCGAGGAGUGCCCCGUCGGCACGUACUCAGAUGAGGCCAACCACGUGGACCCGUGCCUGCCCUGCACCGUGUGCGAGGACACCGAGCGCCAGCUGCGCGAGUGCACGCGCUGGGCCGACGCCGAGUGCGAGGAGAUCCCUGGCCGCUGGAUUACACGGUCCACUCCCCCAGAGGGCUCGGACAGCACAGCCCCCAGCACCCAGGAGCCCGAGGUCCCUCCAGAGCAAGACCUCGUGGCCAGCACAGUGGCAGAUGUGACUACAGUGAUGGGCAGCUCCCAGCCUGUGGUGACCCGAGGCUCCAAUGACAACCUCAUCCCUGUCUACUGCUCCAUCCUUGCCGCUGUGGUUGUAGGCCUCGUAGCCUACAUCGCCUUCAAGAGGUGGAACAGCUGCAAGCAGAACAAGCAAGGAGCCAACAGCCGGCCCGUGAACCAGACACCCCCACCCGAGGGAGAAAAGCUCCACAGCGACAGUGGCAUCUCUGUGGACAGCCAGAGCCUGCAUGACCAGCAACCCCACACGCAGACGGCCGUGGGCCAGGCCCUCAAAGGGGAUGGAGGCCUCUACAGCAGCCUGCCACCGGCCAAGAGGGAGGAGGUAGAGAAGCUGCUCAAUGGCUCUGCGGGGGACACCUGGCGGCACCUGGCAGAUGAGCUGGGCUACCAGCCUGAGCACAUAGACUCCUUCACCCAUGAGGCCUGCCCUGUCCGUGCCCUGCUCGCCAGCUGGGCCGCCCAGGAUAGCGCGACGCUCGACGCUCUCCUGGCUGCCCUGCGCCGCAUCCAGCGAGCCGACAUCGUGGAGAGCCUGUGCAGCGAGUCCACCGCCACGUCCCCUGUGUGA